AUGGAUUUGACUGAUGAUGACUUGACCAAUGACAAUUUGACAGAUGAAGAAAUUGUACAGGCUGUUAUGCACGAACAUCAAGCAAGCGAAGAGGUUGAAGAUGAAGAAGGCAAUACUGUUAGUCAGGCUGAUGCAAGAAAUGCUCUACAACUGGCUUCACUGUACAUUGAGCAACAAAAUAUGUCAACAGUGGAAGAUGUAAUGUUCAUUAAAAAGUGGCGUGACUAUGCAUUCAAGAAAACAAUGGAAUAUAAAAAACAAAAAAUCACAGAGUUUUUCUAGUACAUAUGUACACAUGUUUGUACUUAUAUACAAAUAUGUACAUUCUAUACAAGUUUCAUAAUUUGUCAUGUGAGUGAUAUUGUUAAUUAUAUAUAAGUACAUACUACUUUUUUGUUUGUAGAUCAUAAAAUAUAUACAUUUUUAAUAGAGUUACAUAUGUAAUGUCUUUCUGAGGGUGGUUUUAAAGAUUUUAGGUUUAAAUGA